AUGGAAGACACAGCAGCUGAUGUUGAGCUGCUCCUAGACCGUCUGCUCCCUAUGCCUGAGGGCCCCGAGGGCCGUGUGGCAGAGGCCAUGCGCUACGCGACGCUUGGCGGUGGCAAACGCUUUCGUCCUUAUCUGGCGUGCGAAGCGGCCAAACUCUUUACCGUGAGUGAAGACAGGGCGCUCCGCACUGCAGCAGCGAUCGAAUGCGUUCACACCUAUUCGCUCGUUCAUGAUGACCUUCCUUGUAUGGAUGAUGAUGAUCUGAGGCGGGGCCGGCCGUCGACCCACAAGGCCUUCGACGAGGCGACGGCGGUUUUAGCGGGCGACGCACUCCUGACCUUCGCGUUUGAGAUAUUGGGCGACGCGGACACCCAUGACGAUUAUCGCGUGCGCUGCGAUCUGGUUCUGGGUUUGGCGAAGGCCGUCGGGACUCACGGCAUGGUGGGCGGCCAGAUGAUCGACAUGGCAAGUGAAGGGACCAUUUUAGAUAUUGGAGCUCUCACGCGCCUGCAGCAGCUCAAAACCGGGGCUUUGAUCGCAUUUGCCUGCGAAUCUGGCGCAAUUUUGGGCAAAGCGUCUAAAGAUGCGCACCAUGCGCUGCAUGCUUAUGCCCAUGAUUUGGGCCUUGCUUACCAGAUCAUCGACGAUUUGCUCGACGAGGAAGGCGAUAGUGCGACCCUUGGCAAGACAGCCGGGAAAGACCGUGCCAAGGGUAAAGCCACUUUUGCCACAAUUCUGGGCCCUGAAAGGGCACGCGAACAGGCCGGAAUGCUCGCAGAUCAGGCCAUUCAACACCUUGAUUUUAAGACGCCGUUGCUGGACCGGAUCAAAAUCCCGGCCGACCUACGCGCGCAUGAUGACGACGACCUCCCUCAGAUCACAGAUGAGCUGCGUCAGGAGCUGAUUGAAGCGGUGUCUAUCACCGGCGGUCACUUAGGCGCUGGCCUUGGUGUGGUCGAACUCACAGUCGCGCUGCACUACGUCUUUAACACACCCGAUGAUCGCAUCAUCUGGGACGUGGGCCACCAAGCCUAUCCGCAUAAGAUCCUGACCGGGCGUCGGGACCGGAUCCGCACCCUUCGCCAGGGAGGUGGUCUGUCCGGCUUCACCAAACGGGCAGAGAGCGACUAUGACCCGUUCGGGACGGCACACUCGUCAACGUCGAUUUCCGCUGGCCUCGGCAUGGCGGUUGGUCGCGACCUGCAGGACAAAAAGAACAACGUCAUCGCUGUGAUCGGCGACGGCGCCAUGAGCGCAGGCAUGGCUUAUGAAGCCAUGAACAAUGCAGGCUCCAUGGACAGCCGCCUGAUUGUGAUCCUGAACGAUAAUGACAUGUCCAUCGCACCGCCGGUGGGCGCGAUGAGUGCCUAUCUGGCACGCCUGAUUUCUGGAGGCACCUAUCGCGGGUUCCGCCAUUUCGCGAAACACAUCGCGGAGAUGUUUCCCAAAUCACUUGAGGAAAAAGCGCGCCAUUUCGUGGUGAUGGCGGCGGCGGACGAAGCCGAACUCAUGCAUAUGGUGGCAACCUCUGUUGAGAUUGAUGACCGCCCGAGCGCGUUCCGCUAUCCCCGCGGCGAGGGCAUUGGCAUCGAGCUUCCCGAAAUUGGCACGCCGCUGGAAAUCGGCAAAGGCCGUAUCAUGCGCGAAGGCACCACAGUGGCACUCGUCUCGCUUGGCUGUCGUCUUCAAGAGACCAUGAAGGCCGCUGAUGAGCUUGCCGCGCAGGGCAUUUCAACCACGGUCGUUGAUGCGCGAUUUGCCAAACCCCUUGAUGAAGAACUACUUGCCCGUGUGGCCCGUGAACAUGAAGUGCUGGUCACCGUGGAAGAAGGAUCUGUAGGCGGUUUUGGAGCCCACGUCCUUGAGUUCCUGAGCAAUAACGGUCUGAUGGACCGUGGUCUCAAAGUGCGCACGCUGACCCUGCCGGACACUUUCCAGGAUCACGACAAGCCCGACGCGAUGUACGUUGCCGCUGGUCUGACAGCGCCGAACAUCGCAGGGACGGCCCUGACCGCACUUGGUCAUGAAAAGGCACUGAUCUCGUUGGCUGCUGAACGCGCAAACGCUCUUCCUGGAAAGUCCUGA